AUGGUCAGCGAACCCGCCCAUUCCAAGUGGGUGGCCGUCAAGGCCAACAUUGCCACCCGCGAAGGCCCCACAAACUGUGGCAGUGCCUUUUUGGCUGACUAUACUAGCCCCUUCGAUGCCACCGUAGUCGACCGCCUCAAGCAGCAUGGCUAUCGGAUUGGCCUCAAGACCAACAUGGAUGAAUUCGGCAUGGGAUCUUUUGGCUUGCACAGUGCCUUUGGGUCUGUUACCAAUCCGGCCCUCGAUGCUACCGCGCAGCCACGCGUUGCCGGUGGUUCCUCCUCGGGGAGUGCCGCGGUCGUAGCGGCCGGGCAGGUUCCGUUGGCCCUCGGCUCGGAUACGGGUGGAUCUGUGCGCGUGCCUGCAGCCUUUUGUGGCAUCGUUGGGUACAAGCCUUCCUACGGCCGCCUCUCUCGCUGGGGGCUUGUCAGUUAUGCCAGCUCCUUUGACUGCGUCGGUGUCCUGGCUUCCUCCGUCGAUCAAGCCGAAGCAGCUAUGCAAGUCAUGCAAGGACACGACUCACGUGAUGAAACCUCGCUUAAUGUCGACUGGGCAGCGCAGGAGGCGCAGGAUACACCUGUACGGCGUGUAGGUGUCAUUCAGGAGGCCGUCAUUCAUGAGCUCGCCCCGGCAAUGCAUGACCGAUGGGAGCUCGCCCUUCAACAGCUCGCCCAGCAACACUGCCUGGAGAUUGAUACCGUGUCGGUGCCCACUUUGAAACAAGCAUUGGCCGCAUACUACAUGCUUGUCUCGGCAGAAGCCGCAUCGAACCUCUCACGCUACAACGGUCUCUGCUACGGUGCGCAAAGUGGGGCUCCCGAGACCUUUGAUGGCUUCUUCGACAUGUAUUCAAGCAAUCGGACUCAAUACUUGGGCGACAGCGUCAAACAGCGCAUCAUGACCGGGAACCAUAUCCUCUCUCGCGGAAAAUUUGACAGCUACUAUCUUACUGCUGCCCGAGUUCGUGCCCAGCUAACCCUUGAGCUGCAGCGAGUUUUUGAGCGGGUCGAUGUGCUGGUUUUGCCCACGACCGCCGACGUGGCACCCACCAUCGAAGCGGCGCGUAACAUUGAGCCCGUACAAGAAUAUGCCACAGAUGUCUACACCGUACCCUUCAGUUUAGCUGGCCUACCAGCCAUCAGCGUUCCUUGCGGUCGAGAUCCUCAAUCGUCUGCCCCAAUGGGCUUACAAGUCGUGGCUCCGCGCCAGUUAGAUCACCGCGCUGCUCACGUGGCUCGCUUGCUCGAGGCCAUGAGUUGGCCUAAUUAA